GUCUGUUCUAUUCCUUAUUCUUGACAGAACCAGCUAAAAGGCGUAAUGAAGAAAAAUGUCUGUGCAAAACGAUAGUUUAGGAUUAGAAGAAGAUGGAUUGAUCGAACUAGGUGAUAGUAUAGAGGGAUUAUGCUUCCAUCAAGCAUUAAAUGUGUUUCUGGUGACGACUAAGGACAGCAAAAUCCGCGUCUACGAUCCCCAUUCAUCUCUCAAACUCUCCGAUGUUCAACUGCAUGGUGAUGGAAAGAAAAAUGUGUUUUGUGUCUAUCAUGGAGAAAGUAACAGUGUCGUUGUUUGUGGAGGCCGUACAGUUGGUAUGCGUCGCGACCAUCAUGGAGUUCUUCUCCUCGACACUGUUCUUCAGGCUCCUGUGGCAGCGCCUGAGGAAACAGUGCUUGUUGAGAUGCUGUUGUCAGAGGGAAUCCAGCUACAACAAACUCUUGGGUUGAGUGAGUUGAGCAAUAUUGAUCAUGCAAGUGAGGUUAGGGAAGUUCUUGCCCAUGGUAUCGCGGCUCAUCAGUCACAGUCACGCAUUAAUCCCAAGCUUGCAAAGUGGAGCACGCUGCGACUGGAACUGCCACUGGGGGUGUUGAGGAGUGUGUGUGUAGGUUUGGUUAGUGAACUUAAACGUUUAACGAAAUACACUCCAGCUCUCUCCAUUGCUUCGGCCCUCAUACACCGUCUGGCUCACCUCUUGCCUCCUCCAACACCAGACACUGGACAGGGGCCACCUGGCAAUAGUGCACCUGAUAGAGAUGCCAUGUUUAGUGAAGCUGCUAGGUUAGCUACAUUCAUCAAAUGGCCUCACAUGAACUACAAGUGGGCAUUGCCAGAACAGAUGGCUCAGGCUGGAUUUUUCCAUCAGCCAAUUGCACCAGAUGAUGACCGGGCAAUGUGCUUCAUAUGUAGUGUAUGCCUUGUGUAUUGGGAGCCUACUGAUGAACCAUGGUCUGAGCACGAACGCCAUUCCCCAAACUGCCCUUUUGUGAAGGGCGAAUACACGCACAAUGUUCCAUUAUCAGUCACACAUGCCACUAGCCCAGCUUUGAUCCAUAGUGAAAGGGCAGAAGAAGUUGCAUAUAUUAGUCACACAAACAGCCACCAGUUCAUCGCAUCAGCAACGAGACAUGGCAGUAUUGUAGUUUGGAAUACUGUAAAAGAAUUAAAAAAAGAAGUUAGUUUUUCAAUUGAUCCUUCCGAUUCAACAAUUUUAGACAAGCAUUUCUCAGACACCAUAGGGUACACAGAUGUUCCCCUGCAACCCCCUGUUCCCCGUGAGGCAUGGGUCUGGGGAGAAGAUGAACAAAAUGGUUCUGUUGGCACUGAAGACAAUGUUGAUCUCCCUGGACCUUGUUCUGAAACUGAUGCACAAGUCACUGUUACUGCUGACACUGAUGCUGUUGUGCAAUCACCUGUCCCUUCUUCACCAACGCUACCCCCUACCUCUCCACCCUCUCCACCAGCACCAGUUUCACAGGUGGUAGAAUUGCCCCUGGAUGAUAUAGCUGUUGAUGAACUCUUUGCUCCUCCGCGUCCCUCACAUGACGUAAGGGUAUCAUCUCUGUGUGUAUUGGCAGAUCCUAAUGAAGUAUCUCAGAGGUACAAGGGUGCAGCAAUUGCCUUGACAUCAUCUGCACGGUCUAGCUUGGUCGUUGGGGUGGGAUUGAGACGUUAUGAAUUGUUUGGGGCAUCAAGUGGAGACCGUCAGGAAACUUGUGAUGUAGGAUUAGUCCAGGUGUUAAAUAAUGUUAAUCAGGCUAGCCAAAGAGAAGCUGAAAGUUUAGAUAUAAUGAAAUUAGAUUCUUCUAGACGAGGCUCAACAGAGGAAGACAUUGAAUCUGAUUGUGUGGCAGUGCCGUCAAAGUCUGCGUCAUUGAGUGAGUCUGCCAUUGUAUCAACAUCUGUAUCCAGUGGCCAGCAGAACUUUGUGCCCUAUUUGCUUGUUUAUGAUCUGAAUGUGAAGGUGUCACAGUCAACUACAAGCAAUAAAGUGGCCACAAAAUCUAUCAAUCAGGGACCCUAUAAAAAAUCCACUGUGAAGGUUGGAACAUUUGGGGAUGCUACAAUUAUACCACACCCUAAGGCAAAACUUCUGUGGUCUAAUCCUUUAGCUAAUGACUUGUUUUUUACACCCCCAAACUUAUUUGUCAAAAGUAAAGGUACAUCCCAAGUGGGGACAACUUGUAUUCCUAAGUCUAAAGCCAAAGAUAAUGUGGUGUCAACUACAACAUCCGAGCCGGACUCCAAGAAUGACAUUUUAAAGAAGGAACCCAAGUGCAUUCAGUGUAUUCCUUUGCCACAUAAGUUAAAUAGUGUCAAGCUUCAUUUAACAGUGGACCAAAUAGUUCCCACUCCUUGUGGGGAGUAUAUUGUAGUGACACUGAGCACGAGUGAUGGCCUAUUAAACUGUGGUAAUAGUUCUGGAAGCGCACCCACAGACAGUGGUAGUGAUGGUGCUGUUGGGGGAGUGAGGGAAGUUUAUGGUGCUGUUAUAGUGUAUCGAGUGUAUCGUGGUGGUGAAGUUGUCAGCUUGCAAGAAGAACCUUUGAAUACGAGACUCUUAACUUCGUGGGAAUUGGUGACCAAGAAAUUAUUGAUGUUGCCUCCAGAGUAUGGUGACAGCAGCAAGGACUUGGGUGGAGUAGCAGCUUGCAUCACCAUGGAUGGUUCUUUAGCUCUGUUGUCCCUCUCGACUCUCGAGUUCUUUUGUCAUGUUGCUGCUCCUGCGGGCCGGUCUUUCAACAAUGUUGUAUACUGUAAUAGUUUAGAGAGGCUGUGUGUUAGCUGUGAUGAUGGAAGAGUUAGUUUAGUUCAGUUGAGAAGAGAGGCUGAGGUUGGUAAAGAACUUCAGUCUGCAGAGUCUGUAGCAUUAAAUGUUGCUUCCACACCAUUCAGUAGUGUACCAACACUAGCUAGAGAGCCUGAACUCCAACCUGGUGAGCUACUGGUGAAUCAACCUUUAUCAGAAGAAGUGCUGGACAAAUGUGUUGAGUUAACAGCAUUCCAAACUGGAUGUCCAAAGUUUGUUGCAACUGUUCCACCUUGUUGGUCAGAGAUCAUUCAGGCCCAGAAACAGCGCCGUAACCCACAGCAUCUUCAACAACAUGCUGAAGACAUCGACACAACACGCACAUGGCGACUAGAGUCAGAUAGCUCAACUUGGGAUGAGCAUUUGUUUGAGCUGCUGUUACCAGCAGGUGCAGGUGGGACUGGUGGUGUUCAAGUGGGUCAUAUUGACCUCAAACUGAGUUUUAUACCUGGACCUCCAAACCCUCUACCAACACUUCAGGUUACGUUAUUAAGACAGAAUUUAACUACUCCCAGACGCCAGAAUGCUCCUCAAGGUAACGACUCGACCUCAAGCUCAGCUUGUUGCUCUUCCACUUCUCACAAUCAUGUUUCUUCAUCCUCAUCAUCAAAUAUACCAGAUGAUAUCUUAGAAGACUUGCCUGAGAACCCAGUGGUGACCAAAGAGUUUCUUUUGAGUCACAAUGCAGAAAUACUAUGUGGUCCAGUGAAUGUGAACCGUUGCUUUGAUUUAUCUGGUCAAGGGGCCAAUGUGACCCUCACUUCUCCUAGUCUGUUGGCGUGCCGCAGCAGAACUUACCUCGUACACAUUAAAGCUCUGCCUCCAAAAGUGUCACAACAGCAGCAACAGUCACAGCAGGAACUACAGAAGAACAGUGAUCUAGAUUUGGUGACACAGUAUAUGCCUCCACAGUCAUCAACAUUUCUGGACAGAUUAGCUGCUUCUUCCAACAAGCGUGUGGAGUUAGUUCGAGGUUGUGAUGUAGUUCAAGAGCUCUCCAUCACUGUUAGAUGCUGUGCAAAAACUACCAUUGUACAUGAUAGGUUGCAGAGGUUAUCACUGGUAGAAAAUGAGGCCUUUCAUAAAAGGUUGUUAGAAGCUGUGAUAAAUAAAAAUACCUCAGAUCACAUGCGUCAUCGUGCUCUUGACUUGUUGCUUUGGAUUACUUCUAUUCACACUGCUGCAGUUGAUGAUCGAACGGUGAACAUUGGAAUCAUCACAUUGUUACAACUCCACCUUUCGGGACUGGUGCAUGCUUGUUUACUACAAGGAGAUAGAAGUGUGGCUCAUAAAACAUCUAAAAUUAUCGUUACGGCAUUAGAGGGUUCACGUGUGGUGGAAGGAGGAACUGUGUUUGGCUGGGCAGUGCUUGAGGCUCUUUUAGAAUGGUUAGAUUCUGUUUUGGAGUGCCAAAGUGCUGGAGCACUCCACUGGUUCUUUACACUUUUGAACCAUGUUAAAUGGUGCAAUCCUUGGGGAACUGCACGCAAAGUCACCCAGUUGCUGUCUCUGACAUCAGAGUCACUUAGCCGAAAGGUAGAUCCCCUUCAUGCUGUUCUCCAAACAAGAUUCAAUCUGUAUGGGACACCAUUUGAACGAGAAUUAUUUGACAUUGAGCCACCUCUCCUUGCUAAGUAUACUAUGAAUGGGAGUUCAACCAGGCAUUCAAACUCUGCCCAUAGUAACAGCAAUAAUACCAACAAUAACAAUAACAACAACAUUACUUUUGGUGGUUCAGGUAUUCCUGGCAGUAUGCAGGGAGGACCUGGAACUGGUGUCCAAAGUUCUUCUAAUUUGAAUAGUAAAAGUGCUGGCCAGGGUAGCCCUUAUUCAUUUAUUGGACGUGAUGAUAAUGACAUUGGUGGACUCCUGGGACGUGGUCUGCAAGUUGGUACAUCAUUAGGCUUGAUGCACACCAGUGCUUUGUGUGGGCUAUUAGAAGUUGAGCCACUUCAUUUUACACUUCAUAUGGCAAGUGAUGGAACUAAAAUGGAACGAGCAUCAUCAGGUACAGGUCAUCCUGGAAGUCCAUUCAUGAUGCAGCCUUUCACUUUGCCAAGUGGCAUAGAGAGUGCUACUUUUAAUCAAGGGGAGACUUUUUCUUCUAGUGGAACAGCCCAUAUACCACCUACCUCACUUUCAAUGCUACGUAAGGCAGCUGAGGACAUGGCUAUAAAGAAUCAGGCAGUAGAAUUACUUCUUGCAAAGAAGGCCACUAAAACAUACCAAGAGAAGUUGCAGACACUCCGUGAGCAGUUAGCUUCAAUGAAAUAUUGCCUUCAGAAGGCCAAACAGCGCACACAUACACUGACCAAGGUUGUUGCUUCUGAAAAUUCACUUCCUCUGACUGUGAAUACGCUGCUUCCGUAUGAUGGAGAAAAAGCAAAUGAGGUAAAAGAUGAAACCAGUACCAUAUCUUCAAGUAGCUCAGAUGCAACACCUGAUCAUGAAGGUCUCAAUUCUUGUGUGUUGCCAGAUUCUGAUGAUAUGAUGCAUUCCUCUGUACAGUACAUGGGGAAUGGAGAUGUUGAAGCAGAUAUUGCAAGCAAAAUGAGUGUGGUUGGGUCAGAUGUGACAACAAAAAUAAAGUUUGGGCUGUCAUCGUCGUCAGAUAAGGAAGAAACAGAUAGUUUAAAGGAAUCACAGCAGCAAAAAUCCCACACCAAAAGGAAGAGUGAGGAAGAUGUAAGUUCGCUUGAAAGCAAAGCGUCAACACCAUCCAAUGGUCACACUGCUAACAAAGAAGGAGGAAAGAAAGUUCCUCCAGUUGUCCAGGGAUCUAUGGGCACACCUUGGCAACAAUUGUUGUCUUUACCACCACAACAAAUGCUCGUUAUUGAAAGGAUGCAUUCAGGAGCUCGUCGCUUUGUUGUACUAGACUUUGGUGCUCCAGUUUUGCUGACUGAUGUUGUGAUACCAGCGUGUAGUGAUCUUGUUUCACUCAGUAUUGACAUAUGGAUGACAGGAGAAGAAACUGAUGGAGAAAGAUUGGUAGUAGCAUCAGAUAUUGGAAUGCGGCCACUUAUUCUGGCUGAUUUGCAGCCCCCACCUCUCUGUCGAUAUUUAAAGGUUACAACUCUUGGAAGGUAUGGGAUGAAUACAUCAUCUCAGUGCAGAAUACCAGUAGGAGCAUUUUAUGGUCAUACACUCAUCCUUCCUUGGCAGAUGCAACCCAGUCAACCACAACUUGGUGUAGUAAAUAAAAUUACAGCCCAGACUCAGCUGACUGUGUUGGGAAGUGUUGUGGAAGAUAUAGGUUGUCGUUACAGUCUAGCUUGUAGUAAAUUACGAUCACUGCUGAAUCCUCUUUUGAUGAGCCCAACAGCACCUUCUGGUCCAUCCAGUGCAUCAUCAGGUCAUGCAGAAAUGCCUAGUGUUGGUGUAAGAGAUGCUGAUUUAGAGAGGAGAAUUAUUCAGGCCUAUCAGGAGUGUAUGCUGGAACAGCAGCAUCUGAACUUGGUGGUUUCUGUAAUGCGACGGCUACAAAGAUUUGGUGGCAUGAGUGGAGAAAAUGUUAUGAAUUCAUACUCGCUUAAAACAAAUUUGAACAGUGACAGUAAGCAGCAGUUCCUUGCUGCUGCAAAGUCUGCAUCAGAUAAACUAGCCAUUUUGAUGCAGUAUCUCCUUAACUGCCUCCUCACUUUGUCCCUUCCCAUUCCCAGCAUGUCGGUUCCACACAAUUUGAUGGAAUGGUGUGGCCCAGAACAGGCAAAAGUCUUAGUUGAGCAAGUUUGUCUACGUGGUCCCAAAGGAGCACAAGUAGGUGUAGCAUCCCUGCUUGCUCGUCUGUGUGCAGGACAGCAGUGGUGGGGCGAUUUCCUGGCUAACACCAUGAUUACACUUUUUUCUUCUAGCAAUACAUUACACUUUCCAGCAACUAGAGUGUUUGCACUACUCACUUUCCUUGGUCAGAAAAGCGUUGGUAGUGGUCGAGGUAGCCAGGUUAUAAAUGCCAUUUUAAGAGUGCUGUCUUCUCAACUUCAUGGCACUGCCAGUCCUAUGUCUGGCAACCAAGUUCCCCCAGCUGCUGAUGCAGAGUAUAUGUGGCAGCCAUGGCAGAAUGUUAACUCUCAGGUUGACACACAUUUAGUGUCUUGGUUAUUACUCUACCUCUCUCUCUGUUUAGAUGCACUGAUCCCCACACGCAAGAGUGAUAGUGACAAAGGAAAAGAGAAUGGUGGACGUUGGACUUGGUUAACUGCUGAAACAUGCCUUCAGAGGAGAGGCUCUGAGGCAAGCAGAACUGUUCCUCGUCCAUCCAGGGAGCGUCUCAGGAAGAGAUUGGUCCACCAGAAACAGCCACCAGUAAAUCUGGAGACUGCUACCAAAUCUUUUGGAGAAGUUGGAGUUGGUCAAGUUUUAGCUGGUUUAAGUGGUGAGAUCUACCAGAAGCUUGACACCUUUCGAAGAAACAUUGUUAAACGUUACACUCGUGCUUCAUCGACUUCUGGAUCAAGUGGAGUACGCAAAGAAGACAAUGAAUCUACCAUUGAUGCAUUUUUGCCAUUAGAUCGUUCAAAUGCCCUUUCCGUUGCUCAUGGCCUUAUUAAAUUAUUGAUGAACUCCAGCUCACCUUGUUGUGUCGACUCUUUCCUCCUCACUUGCAAGGUUAUUGGUGGUUUAGUGAGUGUGACAAGACCUAGCCCUGCACUUACUGAAAUUGUUACCCCGGUUCAGUUGGGAGCCCUCUUACGCCAUGCUCUUACUUUGGAUUCUACCUGGGGGGCCCCUUGGGCUUUACAUGCUUUAACAUGUUUAUUGCAAGACAUACUUGAAGGAGAACGACUCUACGGUAGUGUUGUGACUAACACAGACCAACAAAGAGAAGAAGCAGAAAAUAUGGAGUUGCCAACAACUAGCGGACUUUCUUCUAAUGUAACAGCCACUUCAUCAUCUAAUGGCUCAUCAGUGUCUGCUGGGUGUUCAGGGAUAGCCAAACAGUCAGGCAUUACCAUAUCAUCGUCAUCUUCUUCAUCCACUGGGACUACUGUUAUGUCAUCAGUUGCAGGGCCAUUGCCUACAAGCUCCUCAGGUUCUCAAAAUGGGUUGACUCCUGAAACAAACGGACCUCGCAGUACAAGUGGUCCUGUAUGUAUUAAUGGAACAGCAGAAUUAUAUGGGCCUGGAACAGCUCCAUUAGCAAGUGGUUCAGCUAGUGAGGCUGAAAGUGGAGAGGGAGAAGGAACAACUCCAUCUUUAGGAGCCUGUGUUAUAACUCAGAACUGCCCUGUUGAUCAGUCUGCUACCCCUUUAAGUCCACCUGUUGUUAGCAUGGCUACACCUCAUUACACCACCCUGGAGGAGGAAGAUCUUCCAGGUAAUUCACAUAAUCAUGUUCCAGGUAAAUACUCAUUUCUUGAUUUAGAAGAUAGUUCAGAGUCUGAAGAUAUGAUUGGAGAAUAUUUAGCAGAUAUUCCUACUUCUUUUGGUGGACCUGCAAACAACAAUCUUCCUACAUAUGAGUUGGCAAUGUCAAAUUUGACCCCACCCUAUCCACCACCACCUCUCCUAGCACAGACUUCGAAUCGUGUUGGGAAGGAUUCCCGCAUAGGGGACCUUGUGAAUUCCCCUCUUACUAUAUCUCACCCAGGUAUAGAUCAUUCAACAGCUGUUGAUGCCAGAUUAGAGGCUGGAGUGUCUCUUCUUUCAGAACUGAGAUUGCACAUGAUGGCUGCAGUACAUACGUCUAGAUUGAGCUUGGCUAUCACAGCUCCAUUAAAGGUAAAUAACAACAUAUGGGGAGAUAAUGAAAUAUGCGGACCGGGAGACUUGACUGGAAGCAUUGAGUUAUUGACAGAUGUUUUCCAAAAGAUUCUGCUGCAUCUGUCCAUGCAGUUCGACGGUAGCCAUUUGGAGUGUGUAUUAGGACUUUGGCUUGGCAUUAAUUUGGAGUUAGCGGGUGGCAAAUAUACCCCUUCCGUUUCUCCAACCAUACCUCUUACUCCCAGGGCCAUUGCAGCCCUUUUGGCAGCAGUUGUCAGGAGUGGCAGCGUUAGUAUGAGAUGCUGGUGUUUAGUUCUGCAGACUCUUACCUUGUGCUGUAACCACACAUCGCUGUCAGAAUCAACACCACCUCCAUCAUCCAGUGUUGCAGAGCAGUAUGAUGAAGUGGAUUUGUGUGGAAUGGCGAUAUAUGUUGUGACUGAUGCCAAUUUUGUACCUGCUUUACAAAAACUUUUGACUGGGUCUUGUGCCUCUGUAUCAGACAUGAGAAGCGAUGUGGUUGGCAGUACUGUAACUGGGCUUUUAGAAGACCUAUUGGUGCGUUUGCGUGUCCGGUGUGAUGUCAUCAGCGUAACUAGUGGUCCGGGGUCGACUCUAAAGCAGGCUCUUUUGAGCUUGGUUUCACGCUUAUUAGAACCUCAGGGAGCUAUUUCUUUAGCUAUGGGUCCAUUAGAUGCUCAAUGCUGUCUGUUAAGUACACUCUUGUCAAUGCACUACGAUGGACUGGAACGUAUGCAUAUUCCUCUGUCCAUUAUAAGUUCAACUGUUGUGUUAGUUCAUAGUCAUUUGGUGUCGAACGAGGGAGUUACUUAUGGAGCCACAAACCAAACAUCGACAAUGCUUGGAGGACUCUUUGCCUCUGUAUUGGGGUCAGAUGGUCGACAGGGACCAACUCCAUCUCGCUUGGCAUUGCUGUGUUCCCUCCUGAAUUUGUCUCGUAAAUUAGCACAAACAGGUCUUAUAAAUCCAGCACAGGUACGUGUAGGUAUAGCUAACUAUGAGGCUCAGGAAAAUUCAGGUGGGUCUUUAACAGACUCUAGCAAAUUGGAGCAGCAACGUUCGGACACAAAUUCAAGUCAAACUGAUGAGCACAAAGCAAUGCAUACUCCACAGACAUGUUCACAUGCUGCGCCAAAUAGCAUACCCUGCCUUGCAGAUACAGUAUUACAAAAUUCAGAAACUAUGCAGUUCCUACUUAAGUCCCUUGUUGCCUGUGAGGGAAACAGUGUCUCUCUGUUGCUUGGAGCUGUGAGUGGAGAAGUAUCAGAGAAAUUUGGCCUUGGAGAAACCCUUACAGAUGCCCUUUAUCAGCUCCUCCUCAUGCUCAAUGCCAAGGCUACAACACCAAAUCUCAUCUUGACACCCAUUGUUUCUUUUAUAACUCCAGGUAGAGGGUGGUGGAGUCCACCACUGCUUUCAGAACCAUCACUUUGCUUUUUGAAUAGAGUGUUAGAUUGUCCUACAGUUCUCAAAAAGUUUGCAGACUUGGGUGGAAUGAAGAUGUUGUGGGAGAACCUUGUAAGCAGUGUUGGAAUGAUGGGUGGUGGACGUGGUGGUCUUGUAACAGCUGUGAUGAAUCACCUUGCGCCACCGUUGCCAGUUUCAACUCACAAUACCUCCUCAAAUAAACGUAGUGAACCUGUAGAUCAGACAGAAGGCCUUUACAACUUUGCUCCAUUGGCUGUUGUCACUUCCAGUAAUCCAACUGCUCGACCUGCAAAUGUACUUGUAGACUCCAAUCAGCUUUUCCAGAGAACCAAGAGUGCUCCAUGGUCAUAUCAUUUCUAUCCGGAUGAGAGUUGGGUUGACCUCAUCCUGACUUUGCCUUGUGCGGUACUGUUGCACGAAGUUCACCUGUUACCCCACACCGUUUCACUUGUUUCUUGUCCUUCAGCUGUUUCUGUAGAGGUAGGUGUUGAAGGCGGAUACCUUAUGCCCGUAAGUGGACCACUGAGCACUGCUGGGUUAUCUCGAGUACGUUUAGUACUCCCUCGUCCUGUAGUUGCAUCGAUAGUUGUUGUUCGCCUCCAUCGCCCAAGAGACUCUGCAACUCUUGGUUUGUCACAGCUCAAGUUGUUAGGUACUACAACAUUCCGUGAAGCCUUAAGGGGGCUCCACGAAAACUCUGUAUCAGACCAUACUCCACACAGGGCAAGCAUGUGGUGGCUGAGACUCAUCCAUCAGUGCAUGUUUCAUGUAGAAGGAGGUCGAAACAUUGGGGCUGAGGCCGGAGCAUCUGUGAAUGGAGUAAUGGAAGCCUGUAUCACUUUGCUCUUGACUCCACCAGGAACUAUACAUUUGGCAUCUUCAGGGUCUGAUCCUUUAGAAGAUACUACAUUAGCCUUAGCUAGACGGUCACCUCACUUACUUCACACACUCAUUAUGACGCUUCUCACUCAUCCACUACUCAGACUGCCCUCAGGUGGAAAUAGUCUUGAUGCAGCCAUAGCUUUACUCUAUGAGUUAUGUGUAGGAAGCAGCAGCAUGGAAGGUGUGUCUGUCCUCCUAUCAUGGCUCCAUCAUGUUGUUAUGCAACCUCUUCCCUCAUCAUCACCCACGAGUAGUAAUUAUAGUUUGGGGACUCAGCAGCAUCCUCAACAAAUGUCACCACAGUCUCCAGCUGGAAGUUUGAAUGGCAGUGUUAGUGCUGAAAUUCUACACUGUAUUGCUGCAGUUUUGUGGAAUACCACUCAUGAUACUACCAGUCAUAUCACAGAUGAAUUGUUCAGACAUGUAUAUGAAUGGUCAGAGAGAAGUGAGGGGGAGCUGAAGAUUGGUUUGGAUCACAUUAUGUGCUCGAUGUGUCAUGUUCGCCCACAACUGUUUACUCAAUUACUCAUAAACAUGUCUGUCUUAACAGUGAUUGAUAAUAAUCAGUCAAUUACGGAUGACAGAAAAGACAGAGAAGCCGAGAUCCGAGCUGCUAGAACUGAUGACAUGAAAGAGGGUGUAGAAGGAUCAUCAGGUGCUGUAGAAGAAAGGUUGAUUCUCCAAGAUCCAAGUGUCAUCUCCCUUACGCCUGCUCACCUGCAAACUUUAGCAACUGUUGCUCAGUCACCUCAGGCAAUCCACUUGAUGCUAGAUUCGGGCUUUCCUUUGCUACUUGUGCAUGGAAUACUAGAGUGGUGUAAAACAGAAGUUUUGCAUCAGGUAGAAAGUUGCACCUCUUCAGGAGCAAGUGAGAGUGCGACAGACCUUGAGAAGGCCAGUGUUGCUGAGAAAACCAAGAGUGCAGGGGAUGCUUUGUCAUCAGCCACACCACAGACUCCUCCCCAGAUUGCAGCUGCAAUUGUUCCUACAUUAAGUACAUCUCUUGUAGCUCAUACAUUACACACCCUUGCAGCCCUUUGUGCAGAACCACCCAUGAGAGAUUGGUUGGGAUCUGUGGAAGGCUCUGUGUUUUGGUUGCCACUCUUGACAGUUUUAGGUGAUCCUUUAGUUCGAGGAAGCGAGCCUUUGAUGCGUGGUUCCGGGCCGUCAAGCAGUAGUGACAGUGAUUAUAGUAGUGUUGAAGAUGCCACCAUUCACCUAAUGCGGCAAUGCUGCCACAACCAUCCCCACAAUCAGAAUUUGUUGGCCUCAACCCUCUGUCACCUUAUUCAGAGACAGAAUAUCCCUCCUCCAGGUGGUGUGAGCUACUUACACUCUCUUUCUGGAUUUACCAGACGACUUGUGUUGCAGUUGUUGUUAGAAGGUGAAAGAGUAGUGGUACACAUAAAUAGUCCCCAGGGGGGCCUUGCCUCACCCAUGGGUUGUAGUUUACCACCACUGACUCAACAUCCAAAGUUUGGUGCUGGACACAAAACACGAUUAUUGAACCUUCCUACAACAACCACCAUCAUGGAAAUUAUCAAAAUGGUUACAGAUUGGUCAAGAGGAGUUGUAAAUGCUAGUGCUAAUGACCUUGAUUUAGGCUCUGUUGAUCAUCGUGAAGCGGCAGAAAUUUCCCACGCAGAACUGAUAGACAAGUUAUCAGCUGCCGCUGCUGCCCAAGCCAAAGAAAGGAGACACAAUAGAGAUAAAGUCAAUGGUACUCUUCAAGGCAGGUUAUCUAAGAAAGUGACUGAACAGGAAGCAGAAAAACAACUGAAUAAACUGACUGCAACAACUGGAUCCAGCACAUCAUCAUAUGCUUUGGUUCAUGAUAGCUUAGGCAAUUCAUCUGGUCUUCCUACUACACUCACUGUAGCCCAGGUGAUGGCUGCUUUGCGCCAUGAAGGCCACACCCCAGCCUCACAUGUAACAUUCACACUCACAAAUCGAAGGGACCACAACAGAGAGGGGGAAACUGGUCGAGAAGCAUUGCUUUUAUGUACAGAACCAUUACCAUCUACUCUUCAUGUGUUUACUAGUCAGGGAGGUCUAUCCCUCCUCGCCCAACAUAUGUCUCUUCUGUAUCCUGACACAGGACAACAGCAUCCCGCUAGUAAUGGUUGUGUACGGAGCAGCAAUGGGGAUAAGGGGGAAAUGGUUGUAGAAAAUGAUUGGGUCAGCCUGGAGAUGAAUGAUUAUGAGUCUGCAAAUGUCUUCGAUUACCUUGUGAUGGGUGGCGGGAGUAGUGGUUCACCGGGACCAGUUGGAGGAAGUACUGUCAGUCUGCUGACUCUUCCAUCCAUCCCUCCCCAUGCCUUAGGAGCCUUCACUCUGUUCUUAAGAUUGCCUGGAUAUGCAGAAACAUUAUUAAAAGACACCCACAAAGCCUGUUGCCUUUUGAGAUUAGCGCUUGGUGUCACAGAUGAUGGCGAUGGUGGAGAUAUUGUAGGUUCUGGAGUUGGAGGAUCUCUUGCCACAAUGCCUUUCCAGGUGCUAGAAUCCUUGUUAGAAGCUACACCAUUGACUACUGAUGAUGGCCUUUUACUGCGUCGAAUGUGUUUGGAGUCUGGUGCCCUCCAUUUAAUCCUUGCAUGUUUAGCAGCACUUUCACACCAAGAUACUCCAGAAGUAGUGUCAUCUCUAUAUCACCAAAAUGUUCCUAUUGGGUUAGUGGUAGCUACAACAAGAGCCACAUGCGUAGACACCCGUGAUACUAUUGGUGUUCAUCGAGGAGAAGGAGAUAGGUGUCACUAUUGGGCCAAAGGUACUGGUUAUGGCACAGGAAGUACAACACAAAGUUGGGAUGUAGAACAAGCGCUAGUCAGACAAAAAGUGGAGGAGGAACAUGUAGUUUGGCUUGUGCGCUUGUUAGCCCAAUAUAUAAAUCCAGGUGAUAUCUUGCCACCUGAGUUACAGCAGACAAAUGGUAGUGCAUCAGGGGACACUCCUGAUUCCCAGAAUGAAGGGCCAUCCUCAUCAUCUGUGGGUGGUAAUCCUCUUCUACCUCCUCUUUCUCCACCCCAUAAUACCUCACCAGCUCUUCCACCUGCACUUCUACAUCUUUUCCAAAAUUCUGGGCUCAUAACUACAAUUGCUUCUAAUCUCAGCAAUGACUCAGUACUUGAUAUGUCUCGUCACGUUCCACUGUAUAGAGCUCUUUUGGCACUGGUGCGAGGUCUUUCGGUAACCUCUAGUUUGUCUCCUUUGCUUAUGACAACUCAGAACUCUACUGUAAGUAACGGUGUAGGAAACACCACCACACUACCCUGUAUUCCUACUCUUUUGGAAAAAAUGAAGAGCACUGUCAACACCUACAUGGCAAAACUUCGCUGGAAGUCUUCCAAGGCUGGUAAUGGAAAUAACUCUAAUACAAAUGGUUCAAAUGAUGAUGUUGAGCAAGAGGAAGGUCUAUCAUUGAUUGUCCCCGAUAUUCAGAAAACAGCAGAAGUUGUAAAGAUAUGUACAGAGAGACUUCAGCAGGAAAUGGAUAAAGAGGACCAGGCUGAUGGUGGAGGUGUUUCUCAACCUGUUUCCUCCCAGUCACUGAUGGAGGUCUACCUUAUUCAUCUUAAGCCAUUACAAUUUGAUACUUUUGAAAUGGUUGUUGAAGAUCCUGAAAGGGGUAUAAAGUUUGUUGUGUCACAUCAUUAUGAAGGGUUAGUAAGAGGUGCUGGAGAUCUUUGCAUACCGAGAAGGAUGAAGCGACUGGCGCAGGAAGCUGUUACUCUUUCCUCCUCACUUCCGUUAUCUUACUCAUCAUCAGUUUUUGUUCGUACUGAUCUUGAUAGGCUAGAUAUUAUGAAG